AUGAUCAGUGUAGCCCCAGCAGUGCCACCUGUCAAAGUCCAUCAGUGCCAGCUGUCAGUGUCGAUCAGUGCCAUGUGCCAGUGCCUAUCAGUGCACAUCAAUGCCACAUAUCAGUGCCCAUCUGAGCAGCCUUUCAGUGUCAUCCAUCAGUGCCACCUAUCAAUGCCAAUCAGUGCCACCUAUCAGGGCUGCCAAGCAGUGCAGCCUAACAGUGCCAGUCAGUGCCGCCUAACAGUGCCAGUCAGUGCCGCCUAACAGUGCCAUAUAUCAGUGCCAUGUAUCAGUGCUGCCUUUCAGUGCCCAUCAGUGAUGCCUGUCAGUGCCCAUCAGUGCCACCUAUUAGUGGCCAUCACUGCAGCCUCAUUAGCGCACAUCCGUGAAGGCACGCCUGUCACCAAUGACAGUGCUGGCGAGCACUAGGACUCAGGCGCGCCUGUCAGUGCCGGGCGGGCUAUUUAAACCAGCUCUUGCAAUGCUCACAUUGCCGUAUGGUCUUAUUCCUGUUCCUAGUACCUGAGAUUGCCUUUGUUGCCGAACCUGCCUGACCCGGAUUAUCGUACAUUUUUUGGAAAAAAUACAAUUUAAUGGAUUUUAGGGCACAAAAACACAAUAUAACACCAAUUUUUUUUUUUUAAA